GGAGGCGCGCGGCCCGGCGAGCGGCGGGGAGGUUUGCAGGACGCGCGGCCUGGUUCUGUCACAGCGCAUCUAGCUUGCCUCCGCCAGCCCCGAGCUGCCGCCGACCGCGACCGGGGCGCGCGAGGGGACGGUCCCGGCGGCCCCCGGCGGCAGGCAGCGCACGUGGGCGACGCCAGCCCCGCGUUCUUUUGUUGCCAGCCGGCCGCGGGGCUCCCAUCACCGCCUCGCCCAAGCCCCAAGGGUGUGGUGAGGGAAGCUGCUGGGGAGUCGGGCCUCGCGAGCCGUCCUCGUCGGCCCCACUCCGGGUCUCCGGCCACCGCAGACCUGGGUGGGACCCAGCCUUUCCCUUCAGCGGCUGCGAAGCUUUGGGGGGGGCGCCAUCCUUAGCGCCCCCUUCCCAGUGCAGCCCGGUGUGGGGGGAGGAGAUCCCCACUUGGAAACGUGGAGGACAUUGGAAAGCGAUCAGAGCGGGGAGGCAGGCUCAUCCGGGCUUGAACAGUUCUGCAGCUGUUCCUUUACGUGCUGGCAACCCCGGCCCGUUCUCCCCGUUGCGUCGGACCUCCGAGUUGGAUCCAGCGCCUGCCGCCCAGGAUUUGUCCGGGACCCAUUUUGUCCUCCUCGGCCCGAGCUUGGGCCUGCAUUUCCAGCGAGCCAGGCCCGGCUGAAGCUCGGAGAAACUCCCCUCGGCCUGGUCGCUCGUCAAAAUGCCCGUCCGGGCCGGAGAGCCGAGAAAGCCUGGAGAUCGCGCAGCCCCGGCGGCCUGCAGAGCGCUGGCCUGCUGCGCCCAGCAGCGCGCCUCCCUCCCCGCUGCUGCGCGGCCGCUCUCCUGCCUUUUCUGUUCUUGGUUUUGCAAGAGGCGGGUUACUGUAGACGUUUUGCCUGCUGCAGGAGAAUAUGCCUCCUGUGACUUUUAAUACACAGAGCCGUGAUGUCCUUCUAGCAGGACCCUGCUCGGGCACAGGGCGCCAGGCACACCAUGGCCGACGCAGACGAGGGCUUUGGCCUGGCACACACUCCCCUGGAACCUGAUUCGAAGGAUCUACCCUGUGACUCCAAGCCCGAGAGCACGUUAGGGGCCCCCAACAAGUCUCCGUCAUCCCCGCAGGCCGCCUUCACCCAGCAGGGCAUGGAAGGGAUCAAGGUGUUUCUCCACGAAAGAGAACUGUGGCUGAAAUUUCACGAAGUCGGCACAGAAAUGAUCAUAACCAAGGCCGGAAGGCGGAUGUUUCCCAGUUACAAAGUGAAGGUGACGGGCCUUAACCCCAAAACGAAAUACAUCCUCCUCAUGGACAUCGUUCCCGCGGAUGAUCACAGAUACAAGUUCGCAGACAAUAAAUGGUCUGUGACGGGCAAAGCAGAGCCCGCUAUGCCGGGCCGCCUUUACGUGCACCCAGACUCGCCGGCCACUGGGGCACACUGGAUGCGGCAGCUGGUCUCCUUCCAGAAACUCAAGCUCACCAACAACCACCUGGACCCAUUCGGGCACAUUAUUCUAAAUUCCAUGCACAAAUACCAGCCCAGAUUACACAUCGUGAAAGCAGAUGAAAAUAAUGGAUUUGGCUCAAAAAAUACUGCGUUCUGCACCCACGUCUUUCCUGAGACCGCCUUUAUUGCGGUGACUUCCUACCAGAACCACAAGAUCACCCAAUUAAAGAUUGAGAAUAAUCCCUUUGCCAAAGGAUUCCGGGGCAGUGACGACAUGGACCUACACAGAAUGUCAAGAAUGCAAAGUAAAGAAUAUCCCGUGGUUCCCAGGAGCACAGUAAGACAGAAAGUAGCCUCCAACCACAGUCCUUUCAGCAGUGAGCCUCGAGCUCUGUCCUCCUCGUCCAACUUGGGGUCCCAGUACCAGUGCGAGAAUGGUGUAUCCGGCCCCUCCCAGGAUCUCCUGCCCCCGCCCAACCCAUACCCACUGCCCCAGGAGCACAGCCAAAUUUAUCACUGCACCAAGAGGAAAGCAGAUGAAGAAUGUUCUACCACGGACCACCCGUAUAAGAAGCCCUACAUGGAGACGUCGCCCAGCCCCGAGGACCCUUUCUACCGCUCCGGCUACCCCCAGCAGCAGGCCCUGAGUGCCUCCUACAGGACAGAGUCGGCCCAGCGGCACGCCUGCAUGUAUGCCAGCUCCGUGCCCCCCAGCGAGCCGGUGCCCAGCCUGGAGGACAUCAGCUGCAACACGUGGUCCAGCAUGCCCCCCUACAGCAGCUGCACGGUCACCACGGUGCAGCCCAUGGACCGGCUGCCCUACCAGCCCUUCUCCGCUCACUUCACCUCGGGGCCCCUGGUCCCCCGGCUGGCUGGCGUGGCCAACCACGGCUCCCCGCAGCUCGGAGAGGGAAUGUUCCAGCACCAGCCCUCCGCGGCCCACCAGCCCGCGGGCAGGCAGUGCGGGCCUCAGACUGGCCUCCAGUCCCCCGGCGGCCUUCAGCCGUCCGAGUUCCUGUAUCCUCACGGCGUGCCGAGGACCCUGUCCCCACAUCAGUACCACCCUGUGCACGGGGUCGGCAUGGUGCCAGAGUGGGGCGAGAACAGCUAAAGGGAGGGCUGCUUCGUCACAGACGUUGGCCGGGGAGAGAGAGAGAGAGAGAGAGAGAAGCGCGGGAGACAGACGGAAGCAGAGAGGACCCCCGCCGGAGGCGUUUCUCCUCCGCAGUGUUCACGUCUGCCCUCGAGAGCCCUGGACGCUGAUCUAAUCAGUAGCUCGAAACCACAAUUCAAAAAAGGUGACUUUGUUGUUUCAACACUUAAAAAAAAAAAAAAAAAAAGACAAAAAAAAAACACAAGAUGCACCCCACCUGCCACGACCACUCCACGCGUCGGCCGGCCAUGUUCACGCCACCUCCGGGAGUCCUCCGGGAUUCCUUCUUUUGGCCUCCAAAAGGCCUUUGCCUUAUCGAGGGUUUUAGCCUAAAGGUGUGGCUGGAGUCUUUCCUGUCUCAGUGUUAAUGUUGACGUUGUUAUAUAAUAAAUAAUAAUAUAUUUUUUCUUUCAAUUUUCUUAAUGGGACCCAGUCCCUUAUGGGGGGGGGAGGGGGAGAGGUCUGAGGCAAGUGUGUUUCCUAUAAGUACUUGCGGGGGUUCCCCUCACGUACACCACGGCCGGAACCGGAGAUUCGCCACCCUGCCCUUGACUAAGAAAUUACCUACCUCUGCCACGUGAUGUUCUCGAGAAAGUUCCCUACGUCCUGGCCUUUGUCCGACUUUUCCCACCUUGCCGGGCCUCGCGGAGCCCCGCUUGGCCCUUCUUCUUUACCAGCGGGGUCAGCAUAGCGUUGCACUCCGUCUGGCCUCCUAUCUUACUCAGCCCUCCCGUCGUCCCAGCUCUGUGUCUUUCCAGCCGUCUGUCGCUAAGACGUGGCCUAUAGCUUCCCGACCGGAAAGCUUGCUUUGAAAAACUUAAAAAGCCUUGGGUUACACGCGGGCAGAACUGUGAUAAGCCAGGAGCAAGCUCUGUGCCGACAAGCGUUGCAAAAAGGCCAAAGCAAAUAUUCGUCCUGAUAAAACACAAAGCCAGCCCCAAGCUUCCAAAUGUCCCGUCACCGUCGCCGGCGACCCGGCCCGGACGCCACGCGAGGCCCGCCGUUCCUAGAGAAAGGGCGAGACGUGCUCGCCGAUUGGUUUUCUCCAAAGCGAUCAUACCAACGCCAGAUGCCGACACCAAACUGUGGUUAUUGAAAGCAGAAAACAGUAUUAAAAAAAAAAAAAAAUAAGCGUGUAAGUAAAAUGUUAUUGCAGGGUUCUUCAGAUGUAAUAUUUUACUGGUACUAUUUAUUUAUAAAUAGGAAUUCUAAUUAAGUAAUAACAUGAAAUGAAAUCCAGCAUGGGAGCUGGCCAAGAGCUUUUAAUUUUAUGAAUACUCAAAACCAAGUUUGCGUUUUUUUUUUCCUUUCGAAUGUGCUUUGCUUUCUUGAUUAAAAAAAAAAAAAUUUUUUUUUUUUUUUUAAACUGACCCUAAUAAAGAGAACAGGGUAAUAUGUGAGGCUAAGUAUGUCCAAGUAUGAGCGAGUGUGUAUGUUUGUACGUGAGUGUCUUCAUGCGAUCACGUCUUUUGAUGUUGCUACGGGGGUGGGGUGAGAAUUAAGUAACCAUUUCGUGUAUUUGUGCGCCAAUUAAUGCCUAAUAAAUACCAUGUGCUUAAAAAAGUA